AUGACGCAUAUCAAGCGACGCUUCCCUCAGGCGCUUCAAGAAGGACCAAGACACGAAGACCCGGAGGACCAAGUCACGGAGGACCAAGUCACGGAGGACCAAGUCACGGAGGACCAAUACAAGGAGGACCAAGACACGGAGGACCAAGACACGGAGGACCAAGACACGGAGGACCAAGACACGGAGGACCAAGACACGGAGGACCAAGACACGGAGGACCAAGACACGGAGGACCAAGACACGGAGGACCAAGACACGGAGGACCAAGACACGGAGGACCAAGACACGGAGGACCAAGACACGGAGGACCAAGACACGGAGGACCAAGACCCGGAGGACCAAGACCCGGAGGACCAAGACACGGAGGACCAAGACACGGAGGACCAAGACCCGGAGGACCAAGACACGGAGGAUCAAGACACGGAGGACCAAGACACGGAGGACCAAGACCCGGAGGACCAAGACACGGAGGAUCAAGACACGGAGGACCAAGACACGGAGGACCAAGACACGGAGGAUCAAGACACGGAGGACCAAGACACGGAGGACCAAGACCCGGAGGACCAAGACACGGAGGAUCAAGACACGGAGGACCAAGACACGGAGGACCAAGACACGGAGGAUCAAGACACGGAGGACCAAGACCCGGAGGACCAAGACACGGAGGAUCAAGACACGGAGGACCAAGACACGGAGGACCAAGACCCGGAGGACCAAGACACGGAGGAUCAAGACACGGAGGACCAAGACACGGAGGACCAAGACACGGAGGAUCAAGACACGGAGGACCAAGACACGGAGGACAAGACACGGAGGACACGGAGGACCAAGACCCGGAGGACCAAGACACGGAGGAUCAAGACACGGAGGACCAAGACACGGAGGACCAAGACACGGAGGACCAAGACACGGAGGACCAAGACACGGAGGACCAAGACACGGAGGACCAAGACCCGGAGGACCAAGACACGGAGGAUCAAGACCCGGAGGACCAAGACACGGAGGACCAAGACACGGAGGACCAAGACACGGAGGACCAAGACACGGAGGACCAAGACACGGAGGACCAAGACCCGGAGGACCAAGACACGGAGGACCAAGACACGGAGGACCAAGACACGGAGGACCAAGACACGGAGGACCAAGACACGGAGGACCAAGACACGGAGGACCAAGACACGGAGGACCAAGACACGGAGGACCAAGACACGGAGGACCAAGACCCGGAGGACCAAGACGGAGGAUCAAGACCCGGAGGACCAAGACACGGAGGACCAAGACCCGGAGGACCAAGACACGGAGGGCCAAGACACGGAGGACCAAGACACGGAGGACCAAGACACGGAGGACCAAGACACGGAGGACGAAGACACGGAGGACCAAGACACGGAGGACCAAGACACGGAGGACCAAGACCCGGAGGACCAAGACCCGGAGGACCAAGACACGGAGGACCAAGACACGGAGGACCAAGACACGGAGGACCAAGACACGGAGGAUCAAGACACGGAGGAUCAAGACACGGAGGACCAAGACAGAGGUCACUGA